AAUUCGCAUUCGUUGAAUUUUUCAAUAUUCAAUUCGCGUUCGUUGAAGAAAAAGGACGGCAGCUGCGGAAGUCGGCAAAUAUUUGUUCUUGUAUUCCAGAAUCAUCAACAACAAAAAAGUUUACAAAAGCAGAGUAUAUAAACUGUGUGUUUGUCUUAAAGAAUAAAACGAAAAAAAAAACAGAAAUUGUAAAAAAGGAGUUGGAGAAACUUAAAGAACAAAUCAAAUUACACCAAACAACUUAAAAAAUAAUUUAGCGCAGGACAGUAAAAAGAGAAAUUAACCUAAAAAAUAAAACAACAAAGUUUUUGAUUAAAAAGAGAAAAAGAGAGUUAAAAGAAGGAGAGCAAUAAAAAAGUCAUAUAAAAAGGACUUGUGAAAAAUAAAAUAAAACAGAAAACUGUUUUUGUGUUGUGCGCAUUUGAAAUCUUAUUAAAAGUUAUUUUUUGAAGAGAAUCUGCAAUGGAGAACCAAGAAAUCAUGGAUCAAUUUUUGGAAAACAGACAAAACUACAUGAUGGAUAAUAACAGUAUGCAGCACAUGAAUGUAAAUGUUGCCAGUGCCGGCUGUGAUGCAGUAGUAGGAGGAGGUGUACAAGGAGAAGUUGUAACUGCUGGUGUUGCCGGAGAGAUCUUGGGUGUUAAAUACGAUGAACAUCACGAAGAACACGAUGUUGGCGAUGACGACGAACUCAAGUACGUCAAAGAAGUGCAGCAGAGCGAAAAGUUGCAGCAACAGCAGCUGCAAACGUUGAAAAACUUGGGCCUAGACGACGAUGAUAAUAAUGUUUGUACAUACGAAAGCAAUGAGUUGGCAGAAAAAGAAACUACCAACAAUGCAGCUUACGAGUUCGGCAAUGGAAAUGGCGGUUUUGUUUUCGGUGGAGAUCAUCAUCAGCCACAACAACAGCAACCACAUCAUGACUUGUUUAAUUUGGGCAAUGGCCAUGAUACCAAUGGUCAUGAAGAUUUCGGUAACAUUGUUUCCUCAGGAUUUGAAGAAAAGAUUAAUAUGAUGGAUAGCGAAAUGGAUGGUUUUAAAAACGAGGGAGAUUUCUCCUCAACCUCCAAUGUUACGGAAUCUGUGGAAGGCUUUGUCCCCCAGGUGGAUGUCAAAAUUGAGACAAAGCCAGAACAUCAACAAGAAAUGGUCGAUGAAGAAGAACCUUCCUCUUUGGCUACAAACACAACAAAUGGCACCAGCAGUCUGAGUGAAAAUGUUCCCCCACAGACUACAGCUGCUGAAGUGGCACCACAACAAGCAAAUGCAUUUGAUGAUUUUAUGUCCAAUUUGGAGAACAAAGAAAACUCAGAUCCUUUAACAGCUCCACGACCAACUGAUCUUGACUUGGAACAGGCCCACUCUCAACUUAACCCUGAUGCUAAGGAAUUCGUACCCAGUUUUGGUUCUAAUCCUGCCUCACCAACAUCUCCCUUUGCUACAGGUAUGCAAAAUGAACCUUUAUUAAGUGACGCUAUGGAAACACAAAUGUAUUUCGGUCAAGCUCCCAGUGCUGUGCCACGUCAUCUCUUGGGAGAUGAUGACUUUGUCGCUCAAAGUCCUCGCAAAGGAAAAUGUGACAAUAGCAUGGACGCCGUUUCGGUGCCAAAAUUGUCAGAAUUCGAACAAGAAGCAGAAAAACGACCCCAUGAAUUCGAACCAGGAAAUGUUGUUGGCUUCCAGCAAAGGGACGAAGUCAUGACACCCGAUCAGGCCGUACAACAAUUACCACACGAUGAUCUUGUAGGAGAACAAGAUAAAGAAAAUUGCGAACCUACAGACUCGACUGAUUUCCAGCCUUCAGGCUUUAUGGAUCACGGCCCCGAAACCUGUGUUGAUCUUGAUGCCGAUUUAGAUAUGCAACCUGUCGCUUUAUCUGCUGAAGAUGAUGUCAUGAAAAGAUCCAUGUAUGUGGCUAGUGAUGAUGCUAUCGAGGAUGUUUUGAACAGUGUUCAGCCCAUUCCCACUGAAAUUGAUAGUGUCAACAAUUCGUUUAUAGAAGAAUCCGCCACAGAAUCGGCUGCCAAUCAAUUGGCAGGCGACAAAGAACUCUUGCAGGUGGAGGAAAAAGAACAUGUCUCGCAUUCACCCUCUACAGAGGAAAUUCAAAUGAACUUACAAAACACUCUUAAUUCCUCGAAUAAGGAUAUACCACAAUUACCCGUUGACAUGGAUAAUGCCAAUAAUAUGCAGGAAUCUAUGUAUAUGGAGCAAGAGCAUCAACAACAAGAACAUUUUGAAGAACAUCAAGAACAAGACAAAUUUUACCAAGAUGUACAUCAAUUUGAACAACAACAUGUUGAAGAACAACACUUUGAGAACGAUAUGACUCAUGAACAAGCUCAACAACACGAGGAAGAACAACAACACUUAAAGGAUGAAUUCCAACAGGAAAAACAACAGGAACUGGAACAAUCACUUCCUAAAGAAGAUUUGCCUGUUGAACAACAUCAACAAGAUUUAGAAACUUACAACGAAGAAGUUCAACAUGAAGUAAAACAACACUUACAAGAAGAUGAACAUCAUGUUGAGAAACAUAACGAAGAAGUACCACAAGAACAGGAAAAAAUCUUUGAAGAAACACCUGUACAACAACAAUAUCAUGAUGAAUUACAAAUUCAAGAUCAACCACCCCAAGAUCUCAUGGGCGAUACUCAACAAACUACGGUCGAAGCAAAUGACGAAAGUAUUUUAGCUGAUACCACAAAUCCUUUAGUGGCCACAGACAGUUUCCUAGAUAACUCUCAUUUAGCCCAUGAGCAACAACAAGAAAUUCACGAAUCAUUUUCUCCAUUCAAAAUUUCUGAUGAAGUUUCUGCAACUCCUGUUAUGGACUCUCUUCAAUUGGAUGUGUCUGAAAGUGUUGAACAAGCCAAUCUUAGUGAUGUCGUCAUGAGCCCCUCAUCUACAACCGAUGAGAAACAUUUGCACGAGGAAACUAAAGAACAACAAUUGUUCUCGAUGUCUGGUUUGGAACAGCAAAUGAGUGAGAUGAUGUUGAACAAUACCGAUGGCCAUCUUUCACAGGCAGAGGAAGUUGCCGCUACAACAGCUACAACUGCCAUCGAAGAUAUAUCUGAAAAUCUCAUUUCUCCCGAUGAGGCCGUACAUCAUGAACAAUACCAGCAACAACAACAAGAACCAAUUGAAGAACACAUGAUGGUAGAUGACUCAUUUAAUCGUCAUGAACAGGAAUGUCUAUUACAACAUGAACAAGAACAACAACAAAAGGAGCAGGAGGAAAAACAUGAAGCGGCCUUUGAGAAGGAAAUGGAACAACCUCACGUAGCCGCUGAAAUUUCUGAAUCCAUAGAAUCUCCCAUAGAGCAACAGCAACAACAUGAAUUAGAAAGUGAAAUGAUAGCAGUGGAAGAGCCCAUAAUUGAGGCCAAGCAAGCUGCACCACUUUUCACUACCGAAGAGACUGAAUUUGUAACCAAAACCGAAGAAGUUAUUGAUGAGAAACCUGAAGAAAAAUUGGAAAUACCCCUUAGUAUGGUGCCAGAAACUGCUCCAGCUGAGCUAUUGGAACCACCUAUGGAGCAACAAAAUGAGACUGAAACGAUUAAGCAUGAAGCAAAGGAAUUAGAGACAGAGCAAAAACAAAACGAGGAAUUAAUUGCUGAGCCUGUUAAGGAACCUGUAGUAGAGGAAGAGAAGCCUCAAGCAGAAGAAUGUUCUAAACAAGAAGUAGUGGAAACACCCGAAGUAAAAACUGAGAUGCCAGUAGAGGUUGUGGCUGUAGCUGCUGUUGCUGCAACUGCAGCUGCUGUGGCUGCCAAGACAGCUUCUUCACCUUCAAAAACUAAGACAGAAGCGGCUAAGAAACCUUUGGCUAAGACUGCAACUACGGCCACUAAGUCUAAAGUUGGUACUACAACAGCAGCUAAGAAACCAGUUGAAGCUGCUAAAAAACCAGUAGGUUUAGCUGCCAAGCCACGUACGGCUCCAGCUAAGCCGGCGGCUACACCUGCUGAAAAGAAACCAAUUGCAAAAACUACUACUACAACUUCGGCCCGCAAACCAUUAAGUGCUACAAGUACUACCGCCUCGAAAGUUUUGUCCAAAACCACCAGUACUACUUCGACUACACGAACAACUGCAACGUCUAAACCAGCAACUACUACUAGACCCACAACUGCACCACGCACUGUGUCUUCAACCACUACUACUGCUGCACGUAAACCAGCAACUACAAAUGGACCUUUGGCUAAACCACGUCCUGCUACGGCUCCCGCUAAACCGACUACACUUGGUUUGCCAGCAACAAAUGGUGCACCUAAACUUAAACCUACAUCUCCCCGGUCUACUUUAACCUCGCAAGUACGUAAAACAGCUCCAUCUACUGCUACUGCAGCCAAGAGUCCUGUUAAAUCGACUGCCACAAAUGGUGUCAACAAAACAGCGGCUACAACCUUGGCCUCUAGAACAAAAACUACCACAUCGACAGUAUCAAGCACAGCUGGAAAAACGUUCACAGCACGUCCAGCUCCCAAAUUUACCAGUAGCUCAAGCUCAACUACUACUACCACCUCUACUAGACGUUUGACAGUAGGUGGAACUACUACCGCCUCCACCACUACCACAACUACUAAAACUAGCAGUACUCCUUUGCGUAAGUCUUCACCUACUAAACCCGCCACCGGCAGAACACCCACAAAGUCAACCACAGCUGGAGGUUUAAAAUCGAAAACCACCAACACAACCAAACCAGACUCUCCUCCCGCUAAGCCGGCUCCCAUUAGAAAGCCAGUAGAUAAAACUGCUAUUGCUAAUGGCGACGCCAACAUUAACAAGGAAUUGAAUGGUGCUGCUGAAAAGAUAAACGCACCCGUUGAACAACAACAAACAUCUAACCAAAAUGGUGAUUUACAGGCUGUGCAAAUCGAACAACAACAAAAUGGUGAUUCCAGUAUUCCUAUGCAGACUGAAGAGCAACAACAGCAGCAAUCAUUACUAGAAUCCAGAGAUGAACAAAUUCCUAUGGAUUUAAUAAAUGCUUAAACGAACAAAUUUGAAAAAAAGCAUCAAAGACUUUCGAACUUUCAACACACAGUUUCUUUCGAAAUGAGGG